CGGGCUCCCAGGGAAAAGAAACAGUGUCCUCCUGAGCCUGAGGCCGCCGCGGCCGAGCCGGGCAAGAGGACCCCUCCGAGGAGCUCUGGAGUCCUAGGACCAUGGACGCUCUCAACAGGAACCAGGUAGGCCCUGGAUGCAAGACCCAGGCUGUGGCGCAGAAAGGACCCUUGGACCUGAUCGAGACAGGCAAAGGGCUGAAAGUACAAACGGACAAACCCCAUCUGGUGAGCCUGGGCAGCGGGCGACUCAGCACGGCCAUCACCCUCCUGCCGCUGGAGGAAGGGAGGACGGUGAUUGGCUCUGCGGCCAGAGACAUCUCUCUGCAGGGUCCAGGCCUGGCUCCAGAGCACUGCUACAUUGAGAACCUGCGGGGCACUCUCACCCUCUACCCUUGUGGCAAUGCCUGCACUAUUGAUGGGCUCCCUGUCCGGCAGCCCACUCGGCUCACUCAGGGCUGCAUGUUGUGCCUGGGCCAGUCCACCUUUCUCCGCUUUAACCACCCAGCUGAAGCCAAGUGGAUGAAAAGCAUGAUUCCAGCUGGGGGCCGGGCCCCUGGGCCCCCCUACGGCCCUGGCCCUGCAGAGUCUGAAAGUCUGGUGAAUGGGAACCAUACCUCGCAGCCUGCGACCCGGGGACCCUCGGCCUGUGUCAGUCACAGUUCCCUGGUGAGCUCUAUUGAAAAGGACCUGCAGGAGAUCAUGGACUCACUGGUGCUAGAGGAGCCUGGAGUUGCUGGCAAGAAACCUGCUGCAACCUCUCCGCUGUCACCGAUGGCUAAUGGUGGGCGCUACCUGCUGUCCCCCCCAACCAGCCCCGGCGCCAUGUCUGUGGGCUCCAGCUAUGAGAACACCUCUCCAGCCUUCUCUCCACUCUCCUCACCAGCCAGCAGUGGAAGCUGUGCCAGUCACUCACCCAGCGGGCAAGAGCCAGGACCUUCUGUGCCCCCGCUGGUUCCUGCCCGCUCGUCCAGCUACCAUCUGGCCCUGCAGCCCCCACAGUCCCGCCCAAGCGGUGCUCGCUCCUCUGAGAGCCCUCGGCUGGGCAGGAAAGGGGGUCAUGAGAGGCCUCCCAGCCCUGGCCUCCGGGGUCUGCUGACAGACAGCCCUGCAGCCACUGUCUUGGCGGAGGCCCGGAGAGCCACUGAGAGCCCCCGGCUGGGUGGGCAGCUACCCGUGGUAGCUAUCAGCCUCAGUGAAUACCCAGUUUCCGGUGCUCGCAACCAACCCACCAGCAUACCUGGCAGCCCCAAGUUCCAGCCUCCAGUCCCUGCUCCCCGCAACAAGAUUGGCACCCUCCAUGACCGCCCUCCCAGCCCUUUCCGUGAACCUCCAGGCACCGAGCGGGUGCUGACAACCAGCCCCUCACGCCAACUGGUGGGCCGAACAUUUUCAGAUGGGUUAGCCACCCGCACCCUGCAGCCUCCUGAGAGUCCCCGCCUGGGCCGGCGGGGCUUGGACAGUAUGCGAGAACUCCCUCCCUUGAGCCCGUCUCUGUCCCGACGAGCUCUCUCCCCACUGCCCACCCGGACCACCCCAGAUCCCAAGCUGACCAGGGAAGUGGCAGAGAGUCCUCGGCCCCGGCGCUGGGCAGCUCAUGGGGCUUCACCAGAGGACUUUUCCCUAACACUAGGGGCACGGGGCCGUAGGACACGGAGCCCCUCACCCACACUGGGGGAGUCCCUGGCACCCCGCAAGGGCAGCUUCAGUGGCAGGCUGAGUCCAGCUUACAGUCUGGGCUCUCUUACUGGGGCUUCACCUCGCCACAGCCCCUGUGCCCAGAGGAAGCUCUCCAGUGGGGACUUGCGGGUACCUGUCACGAGGGAACGGAAGAAUAGCAUCACAGAGAUCAGUGACAAUGAGGAUGACCUCCUGGAAUAUCACCGACGGCAGCGCCAAGAGCGGCUCCGGGAACAGGAGAUGGAGAGGCUGGAGCGCCAGCGCCUGGAGACCAUCCUGAACCUGUGUGCUGAGUACAGCCGGGCUGACGGCGGACCUGAGGCUGGGGAGCUGCCGAGCAUUGGGGAAGCCACUGCAGCACUGGCGUUAGCAGGCCGGAGGCCCUCACGAGGUCUUGUAGGGGCCACUGGGGCCUCAGAGCGGAGCAGCGAGGAGCUUGGAGGUGGCACCCAACGCCUGUGGGAGAAUGUGGAGCGUUCAGAUGAGGAAAAUCUCAAGGAGGAGUGCAGCAGCACUGAGAGCACCCAGCAGGAGCAUGAAGAUGCACCUAGCACCAAGCUCCAGGGAGAGGUGCUAGCCCUGGAAGAGGAGCGGGCUCAGGUUCUGGGGCAUGUGGAGCAGCUCAAGGUCCGAGUGAAGGAGCUAGAGCAGCAGCUGCAGGAGUCAGCCCGAGAGGCUGAAAUGGAGCGGGCACUGCUGCAGGGGGAGAGGGAAGCAGAGCGGGCACUGCUGCAGAAGGAGCAGAAGGCAGCGGACCAGCUGCAGGAGAAGCUGGUGGCCCUGGAGACGGGCAUCCAGAAGGAGAGGGACAAGGAGAGGGCGGAGCUGGCCGCGGGACGGAGGCACCUGGAGGCCCGCCAGGCGCUCUACGCCGAGCUCCAGACGCAGCUCGAUAACUGCCCCGAGUCAGUGCGGGAACAGUUACAGGAGCAGCUGAGAAGGGAGGCAGAGGCCCUGGAGACUGAGACAAAGCUCUUCGAGGACUUGGAGUUCCAGCAGCUGGAGCGGGAGAGCCGCGUGGAGGAGGAGCGGGAGCUGGCUGGCCAGGGGCUGCUCCGGAGCAAGGCCGAGCUGCUUCGCAGCAUCGCCAAGAGGAAGGAGCGCCUGGCCGUCCUGGACAGUCAGGCUGGGCAGAUCCGGGCCCAGGCCGUGCAAGAGUCAGAGCGCUUGGCCCGGGACAAGAAUGCCUCCCUGCAGCUGCUACAGAAGGAGAAGGAAAAACUGACUGUGCUGGAAAGGAGAUACCACUCGCUCACAGGGGGGAGGCCUUUCCCGAAGACAACGUCGACCCUCAAAGAGAUGGAGAAGCUGCUGCUCCCUGCUGUAGACUUAGAGCAGUGGUACCAGGAGCUGAUGGCCGGGCUGGGAACUGGCCCUGCUGCAGCCUCCCCUGGCUCUUCUCCCCCGCCUCUGCCCGCCAAAGCUUCCCGUCAGCUGCAGGUUUAUCGCUCCAAGAUGGAUGGCGAGGCUGCCAGCCCCCUGCCCCGGACCCGCAGUGGCCCCCUCCCCUCCUCUUCUGGCUCUUCCUCCUCCUCCUCCCAGCUCAGUGUGGCUACCCUGGGCCGUAGCCCCUCUCCAAAGAGUACUCUACUCACCCAGAACGGUACGGGCAGCCUUCCUCGCAACCUGGCAGCCACACUGCAGGACAUUGAGACCAAGCGCCAACUGGCUCUGCAGCAGAAGGGACAGCAGGUGAUUGAGGAGCAGCGGCGGCGACUGGCCGAGCUGAAGCAGAAGGCGGCGGCUGAGGCACAGUGCCAGUGGGAUGCCCUGCACGGGGCAGCGUCCUUCCCAGCGGGCCCCUCGGGCUUCCCCCCACUCAUGCACCACUCCAUCCUACACCACCUGCCAGCUGGGCGGGAGCGUGGGGAGGAGGGUGAGCACGCCUAUGAUACGCUGAGCCUGGAGAGCUCCGACAGCAUGGAGACCAGCAUCUCCACUGGGGCCAACUCAGCCUGCUCCCCCGACAACAUGUCCAGCGCUAGUGGUCUGGAUAUGGGCAAGAUUGAGGAGAUGGAGAAGAUGCUGAAAGAGGCUCACGCGGAGAAGAGCCGGCUCAUGGAGUCGAGGGAGCGGGAGAUGGAACUGCGCCGGCAAGCCCUGGAGGAGGAGCGGCGGAGGCGCGAGCAGGUGGAACGUCGGCUGCAGAGUGAGAGCGCCCGGAGACAGCAGCUGGUGGAGAAGGAGGUCAAGAUGCGGGAGAAGCAGUUUUCCCAGGCACGACCCCUGACCCGCUACCUGCCAAUCCGGAAGGAGGACUUUGACCUGAAGACCCAUAUUGAGUCGUCAGGCCAUGGUGUUGAUACCUGCCUGCAUGUGGUGCUGAGCAGUAAGGUCUGCCGGGGCUACUUGGUGAAGAUGGGCGGCAAGAUUAAGUCAUGGAAGAAGCGCUGGUUUGUCUUCGACCGGCUCAAGCGCACACUUUCCUAUUAUGUGGACAAGCAUGAGACGAAGCUGAAGGGUGUCAUCUAUUUCCAGGCCAUCGAGGAAGUAUACUAUGACCACCUGCGCAGUGCAGCUAAGAGCCCGAACCCAGCCCUCACCUUCUGCGUGAAGACCCAUGACCGGCUGUACUACAUGGUGGCCCCAUCUGCAGAGGCCAUGCGCAUCUGGAUGGAUGUCAUCGUCACAGGGGCCGAGGGCUACACUCAGUUCAUGAACUGAUGGCCGCAGACCUCCUGGACCUUUGCGCUGGUCCCAGGACCUGUGCCCGCCCCUGUUGCCCGGCUCACCCCUGGAGACAGUCGCACACGGGCCUCAGGCUCUCUAGGAGCAGGGCAUGGGGCAGUGCACAGCUGGGAUUUUUGUACAAGAAUUUGUCAUAUUCUGUAAGGAGCUCGGUCCUAUGAGUUUCUGGGCUCUGGCCUCUUGAAGAACCACCCAGAAGAUGAAAAGUGGGGAAGGGGCUUUGCUGCCCCCUGGGAGCCCAGAACUUGCAAUAUCUCUUCAGGGACCUGCCAUCGACUGGUCAAGCGCCAACCUGAUGCCUGCUCUCCCCAGCCUGUUCUCUCUUUUGUAAAAGACAAAUUAUGGUACCAUAAUCUGCCAAAGAUCCCCUCUUGCCUCAGCCCCCUCUGCAGGGGCCCUGGGGGCUGAGCAGAGCCACGUCCAGGGUGGGGUGACAGCUCAGGCGGCCCAUCUCUCAACCCCGCUCUGCCCCAUUGUUUCCCCUGCCUUUGUACUUUUAAUUACUUGGCUCAAGGGCCAGAGGUCUCCAGUGUCAUCCUUGAGGUUCCAGUCCCAUCCCCUUGUUGCAGACCCCACACCACGGUUACCAUAGUGACCGCUUCAUCGCCAUGGUUACAUACUAACUGCUGCAGCUCCAUGGCUCAGCCCACUGCUUCAGCUGUGGGCCACCUGAGGGUACAUGCCAUCAUCUCUCCAGUCCAGGCCGUUGGGCAUCUCAUGCUCAGGGGAGGAACUGA